AGUAAUAUGGCGGACGUUUUAUGGAGGGAGUGCGCGAAUUGGUUAAUUCGCUGCUCAAUAGUUCCUCCAGAUCAUCGAGUUACAUGGCAAAAUGCUCAAGUAAUUGACCUCGCGAAUACAUUACGAGAUGGCGUUUUGUUAUGUCAUGUGUUAAAUAAGCUAGAACCAGGAUGCAUCGACUUAAAAGAAAUCAGCCUUCGUCCACAGAUGUCACAGUUUCUGUGCAUGAAGAAUAUACGAUGUUUUCUUCAAACUUGCCAAAAUGUAUUUGACUUGAAAACAGCAGAUCUGUUUGAACCAUACAUGUUAUUUGACUAUACAGAUUUUGGAAGGGUGCUUCAUACUUUAUCCUUGUUAUCAAAAUCUUCUAAAGCUCAUAGCACAGGAAUCAGAGGAUUUCCUUCUUACAACAAAGCUCAUGACUAUUACAAUGAUGACAUUUAUAGAAAUUUGGAAGAUAUAGCCAAUGAGAGCCAGUAUGGAGAGUUUGGUGAAAUUGAUGAGAACUACUCAUCAUUAACACAAGAUGAUGAUAUUUAUGAAGAUCUAUGUUCCUUUCAGAGAAAUAGAGCAUCACAGAUUCCAGUUCCAACUACAGCACCUGUAGAAAAGUGUGAUUAUUGUAUUAAAGAACUUGUGGAAACAGAAAAAAAUUACAUUGAAGCUUUAAACAUGAUUAUCAAGCAUUUUAUCAGACCAUUGAAAAGUGUCUUGAAGGAAGAAGAACGAAGAAUAAUAUUUAUGAACAUUAAGGAACUAGCAGAGAUCCAUAAUGCAUUUCACAGUGAGCUGUUUAAGGCCUGCACCUCCAGCCAGCAUAGGAUCAGUGAUUGUUUUAUCCACUGGAAGGACAAGUUUGUAAUUUAUGGAGAAUAUUGUUCUAAUCUUCCAACUUCACAAGAGCUAUUGGAUGACUUGUGUAAUAAAAAUGAGAUUAUCAAUCAGUGCAUUUUGAGGUGUCAAAUGGAAGCCAACGAAGGAAAGUUUAAACUACGAGACUUGCUGUCUGUCCCCAUGCAGAGAGUUCUUAAGUAUCACCUUCUGCUUAAGGAACUUCUGAGAAAUACACCUAAAACACAUGAGGACUAUGAAGGACUAGAAAAGGCAUUAGACUGUAUGCUGGACAUUUCUCAGUACAUUAAUGAAGUGAAAAGAGAUAGUGAAACUCUAGAAAUAAUAAGAGACAUUCAGGUCAGCAUCACAGAUCUUGACAUGCCUGAAAACACAGAACUGAGAGAUUAUGGACGUCUUUUAAAGGAUGGAGAACUUAAAGUUAGAUCACAUGAUGAUAACAGGCUGAAAAACAGAUAUAUCUUUGUGUUUGACAAAGUCAUGCUUAUGUGUAAAUCAACAAGAAUGGUGGACAAACUGUUUGGGGGUGAACAGUAUAGUUACAAGGAAGCUCUAAUCCUUAGUGAUUACAAAGUUGAAGAUGUAAGCAUCACAAGAAGUGGAAAUAAAGACAAGUGGAGUAACUAUUGGUAUCUAGUACAUCGACAAAAUAAAACUGCAUAUACUAUGUACUCAAAGACAGAGGAGAUGAAGAGGAAGUGGAUAAAUGCGAUUGAAAAGGCUCUUGACAGUGUCUGUCCAGCUUCUACUAGACUCACAGAUCACAAAUUCAACAUGUUCACAUUUGAUAAACCAUCAAAUUGCAUGGACUGUGGCAAACUACUUAGGGGUAUGUUUUUUCAAGGUUACAAAUGUGCAACAUGUGGUGUGGGUGUACACAAAGACUGUAUAGCUACUGUUCGUUCCUGUGGUGCACCAAUUUUGCCACCACGUCCAAUAUUAACUAAUCGUGCUGGCUCACAGUCUUCUUUUCCAUCUCUAGAAGAAUCUGAGAAUUCUUUUGAAGACUUCUCAAGAAUUCAUAAGACAAUUAUAGCAAUAGUCAAAGCAGUGAGAGCUUUCACAGGAGAUGCUACUGGUUACUUGUCAUUUGACUGUGGUGACAUAAUCCAUGUGUACAAGAAAGCCAAUAAUCUUUGGUGGGAGGGUCAAAAUCAACGAACUGGAGAUGAAGGUAUUUUUCCAGUAGACUAUGUCAUGAGUCAACAACAUAAUUCAAAGCGAACAUCCUAUGAAGAUCCCACUCCACAUUGGAAAAUUCAUCAAGCUCGUCAUCAAGCUACACUUUAUGAAAGUUAUGUCAACUUAAAUUUGGAAGAACAAGCAUGGUUUGCUGGAACAAUGGAUAGGGAUACAGCUUCUGUUCAGCUAGAAAACUUACCAUGUGGAACAUUUCUUUUGAGAGUCAGCCCAAAACAAAAUGGAGGAUAUGCCAUUAGUCUCAACUACAACAACCAAAUUAAGCACAUGAGAGUGUGUAUGACUGAAGAUGGGCAGCAUUUCUACCUAUCAGAAUCAAAAUAUUUCAGAAGUAUUGUGGAAUUAAUCAAGUGUUAUGAAGAAAACACACUUGCAGAAAGUUUUGCAGGGCUCAACAUUAAACUGUUAGUUCCCUACAAAAAAGCUCUUGGUCAGAUUAAUGGUACAGGUAUGAAAUAUUUUUAA